AUGACUGAAAGCGACAGUGAGCAAACAGCUCGGUCUUUGGCCCUUGAGCAAGCAUAUGUCCACGAAGUCUACGAACAAUGUGCCGAAAAGACUGUACAAAGCAAACAAUGGCCACGAAUUUACCAAUUCCUCGAAGAACUGGAACCAGGAGCCCUUGUCUGCGACAUAGGUUGCGGCAAUGGGAAAUAUCUCAACGUCAACCACAGUGUUUAUAAAGUAGGAGGGGACCGAUGUAAGAGACUGACGGAUAUUGCUAGAGAAAAGGAAAAUGAGGUUUUAAUAUGCGAUAAUUUAUCGUUGCCUUUCCGAGACGAGAGCUUCGACGCAGUAUUGUCGAUUGCUGUUGUUCACCACUUUGCCACAACUGAAAGACGAGUUCGGGCAUUAAAGGAACUUGCUCGGGUUUUACGAAUAGGGGGACGUCUCAUUAUUUCCGUAUGGGCUAUGGAACAGAGGCAUCGUAAGUUUGAAUCUCAAGAUGUUCUGGUCCCAUGGCCCAAAGCCUACUGUCUCAAUUCGAGGUCUAAUAGUGGAAGGUCCCACGGUUCUUCCUGCGAUGAAAGACAACACGAACAUCCUCAAAAGCAUAUUUUAAAAAGCCAGCGAAAAUAUAAAAACAAAAGUUACUGGACCGAUCCAAUAUUUAGUCCAUCUCCUUCAACGAGCAGUCUUUCAAGUCCAAAUGAAACAUGCUACAGUUUUUUUCGAAGAGCACUGCAAAAAUUAGCAGGUGGUAAAAGAGGAUCUCGACCCUGGUUUCUCGAAAAUUGGCAAAACGAAGGAAAAAGUCGCAGGUGUUAUGAACAAGAAGAUAGUGGUGACAUGGAUGACAUGCCAAUAGAACUUCGAAGAUUAGAAGACACAACAGUUAUCUUGAGCAAACAAUCCGAUAGCUUAAGUACAAAAUCCAAAAGUCUUAGUGACAUUUUGGAAAUUCAACGACUUGAUUUGGUGAGAUCAAGGUCUAGCAUCCCAGGUCUCUGUUCAACUGUGACCUCUGAACUUCAACUGGAUGAAGCAUCAAUCACACCUCCGAUUAGCACGUCAAAGUCUCGAUUAGUCAAACAAAAAACACACAUUAACGAUGACGACUGUCUGGAUUUUCCUGAAAACACUGCCAUUCAACAAAUAAUCAAGGACCUUCCAGACUUUCAGGUAAUUCUUGAUCCACAGAGCACAAAGCGAGGAAGUAUUGUGCAAAAGCAAAGUUCAAUGAAUGAAGAAUUGAUGUCAAUAGAACGAUUGGAAGAAAAGGAACAAUUGCGUCGCCAUAUCACGAAGCAAUCAUCACUCAAUGAAGAUCUAAUAUACAAAAGAAAGGCUUUCGAAGCUUUUAGAGAAUCAUUUUACUCGGGAAAUGCCUCGAAGAGAUUUCAGCUUCUGAAAAGUGGCCUUACGAACAAGAUCAAACAAUCGACUACAAAUAUCGAGAGGGUUUCCGGAAUGUCAAUAAAAAACGGCUUCGUAAGAAUCCUGCAGAAUUGGAACUUAACCGAGAGUGAGGUACCAGUUCCCUCAAAUUGCGAAUACAUAUCGUCGAAAAUCAAUCCAGAAAACAUGCAGAACAUGAUAAACAUGAAAAGGGAGCCAGAAUACAUAGAGAGGAGGCUAUCUAGAGAAGAUGGUUCAGAUUCCUCCAAAGAUAGCAGCCUACAAAGCGACACAAGUGUUGAUUCCGAGGACAGCUUUGCCUCAGUUAUCUAUGUGCCAAAAUCUGAUGUGACACCCCUCAUAGAUGUGAUAACAGCUCCUCCUGGUUACCAGUUAAACACAGCUUCUGCACCACCUUCACCUCGAGUUAAGUAUCCACCUGACUUGACAGGUCCCAGGUUAAAGAUGAUCUCCAUUUCCCCCCUCUUGAAACAAUUCCCAGCCACUAGCAAGUCUCUUCCACCUCCUAGUCCACCUGGAUUGUCUCCCAGGACUCUAAACUCUGCAGUCAUGAGACCCUUCUUCAGCCACAAAAACAAGAAUCCUAGCACCCAACCAACCACUAACUUCUUUGACAAACAGUUCGAUUUUGCUAGCAGAGACGAAUGCAGUGGAACUAGACCAUUUCAGAUAAACAAUCCACCCUUGAUUCUUAGUCCUUUAGAGCAAACGAUAUCCAAGAAUACUAACAAUGAGGAAGAGAGCCGCAAGGAUAGAUUAAACCAAAUCAAGGAUUUGCUAAACCAAAAACCAGGUUUUGCGACGAGGACUAAAACAUCUUUCCCACUUGUCAGAAGAGCUUCUUCGGCCGUUCCUGGGAGACUCGAAACAGUAUCUAAGAUUUUACCACGUUUACUUUCCUUGGAAUUGUUCAAUCCUGAAACAGACGAUCUCGACAGCGACUCUUCAGGAGUUUCAUCGCCGGAAUCUGCAGGAUCAGUCGUCAGUGUCAUUUCUGACGAACGAUACACAAAGAAACUUAACAAAUCCGAAGAAAAGAGUUCAGAUCUAAUAGAAAAAAGGAAUUCUAAAAUUGAAGAUCCGCAGAACUCGUCUGUCUCCUCCUCAUCCCGAUCCAGCAGACUUCUAGAAGCAGCUGCAAACGUCGCAAAUUCCCUUGAAGGUGCUGUAGGAAGUGUGAUUCAGCAAAAUGGACAGAACCAAAGAGAUUUGACUCUGAAAUCGCGGCAAAGUUCCUUCUCAACCGAAACAAAACAUCUUCUCUCCUCUCCAGACGAAGUCACCUGGAAUGAGGAGUGCCGUAAGCAUCUGAUAGACUUCACAGAAAAGCUGAGUGAAAAUCUCAUUCACGACAUCGACCAAUACUGUCAGAAGACCAAACUCGAGAUCAGCAGGGAACUCGGAUUCCCUAAAAAAUCCGAAGUUGCUGAUGCUUUGUACUCUUCUACUGAUCCUCUCGAGAGGACACCUCUAGAUUCCUGUAAAUACGAUUAUCUAGAUUUUGACAAUAAGCCUGGUAGUCUUAAAGAAGACGAACUCAUCGGUAGAAGCGUCUCCGAAGAGAAUUUGGACUUCGUGAUAGUACGCAAGAAUGGUGAGUUCAUUAACGAGUCCGAAAAUGAAAGGAAGAUUCUUGAUAGUCAGGAGAAGAGCAAAGAAGCCGCCAAUGAGAAGUACUUGAGAUUCGGGAACUCCAUAGAGUCGAGUGAUAUUGGUGACUCGAUUGAAAAUACGAUCAGCGAGAGCAGUCAGGGUAGCAUCAGGAGACUAGGAACUGGUAGCACAGCUUCCCUAGGAUCCAGCAACCUGGAUUUCAGCAGGUGCAUCAGCGAAAGGCGCAAGUUCCUGAGUCAAAACCGAUCAGCUUCUGAGGAGAUUCCCUCGAAGUUGGUGUCAGGUAGGAAUCAUUAUGAAAGGUCUAGGAUGACAACUGCUAGCAAUGGAACUCUUAGUGGAUCCUCUUCUCAGGAAUCCUUGCCUUCUGACCAAGGAGGUGGCGCUAUCACGUAUCAUCAAUAUUACCACGUUUUUCGAGAAGGGGAACUGGACCAGCUGAUCAACAAAUACGUCGAGAAUUUGCACAUCAUCUCCUCGUAUUAUGAUCAUGCGAGCUGGUGCAUAGUAGCUGAGAAGGUACAGGUCUGGACUAUAUGA